AUGUUUUUUAAAAUAAAGAGCCAUACCUUCGGAUUUUUGUUUGUGAGCCCCCCCUUCCAACCUCCCUCGACCAUACUGCUGUGUGUAACAUACCCAUCAUCUGAACACGCUGGCAUUGUCCUGAGUUGUGGCCGGCUACGUUUGUUCCGGGAUUUGCAAAGGGAGAGAAGAGAGUCUUCACCCAUGUCUCUGUCCAAGCUGGGGCUGGCCGGUCGCCGGGCGUUCCAUGCGGCUGCUCCCCGCGCUGCUCGCAUCCUCUGCCUGGACAACAUCGACCCGGUUUGCGUGGACAUAUUCCAAGAGCGGGGUCACCACGCCGACGUGAAGAACAAGCUUUCCGUGGAGCAGCUUCACGGUAUCAUCGGCAACUACGAUGGCAUGGUCAUUCGCUCCGCCACCAAGGCCACCCCUGAUCUCCUGGCCAAGGCGACUAACAUGAAGGUCAUCGGCCGCGCAGGCGUGGGCAUCGACAACAUUGACGUUGCGGAGGCCACGCGAAAGGGGGUGCUGGUCAUGAACACCCCCGGGGGGAACACCGUUUCGACGGCCCAGCUGGCCAUCUCUCUGCUCUGUUCAGCAGCCAGGAGGAUCCCUGAAGCGGACAUCUCCAUGAAGGCUGGCAAGUGGGAGAGGAAGAAGUUCAUGGGGCAGGAGCUGAAGGGCAAGACGAUUGCGAUCGUCGGGUGUGGGAGGAUCGGGCAGAUGGUGGCCAAAUGGGCGCAGGGCUUCGACAUGGAAGUUAUCGGUUUCGACCCUGCCCUUCCCAAGGACGCGGCUGCGGAGCUUGGUAUUCAGCUGAUGGACCUGCCCGAUGUCUGGGCUAAGGCGGAUUUCAUUACUCUGCACACGCCCCUCACACCCGAUACUCAGGACCUUGUCAACGAUGAAUCCAUCGCCCAGAUGAAGGAUGGCGUAAUCAUCGUCAACUGUGCCCGUGGAGGCAUUAUCAACGAGGAUGCCCUUCUCAAGGCGCUCAACUCCGGCAAGGUGGCAUCGGCCGCUCUGGACGUGUACAGCUCCGAGCCCCCUCCGGAGUCGUCGCGGGAGUUGCUACAGCACCCCAGACUCGUCUGCACACCUCACCUCGGGGCUUCUACGGAGGAAGCGCAGGUAAACGUGGCGCGAGAUGUGGCGGUGCAAAUGUGCGACACCCUUGAGGGCAAGGCCUACACCGGCGUGGUAAAUGUGUCAUACAUGGCCGUCGCCAACGAGCCCGCGAUGCAACCGUACAUGAUCCUCGCAGAGCGUAUAGGCAAGAUGCAAGCGCAGAUCAGUUCUAGCAAGGUGGUCAAGGUGGGUCUCCGAACGUAUGGUGGCAAAGCCGCGAACAUCGAGGCGAAUUCUGCUCGGCAGGUGAUUUUGGCCACCGUCAUGAAGGGGCUUCUGCAGUACACCAAGGAAUGCAAAACAGCGCCCAGCUUGAUCAACUCGCCUUUCCUGUCUAAGGAAAUGGGCAUCGAAACAAGCAUCGACGACAAGAUCCACGCCGUCCUGGUCAACUCUCCCUACACCAACGUAAUCACCGUAGAUAUCACGCUGGAAGACGGAGAGACGCACUCCAUAUCUGGUUCGGUGUUCGGCGAGGAGCCCAACUUGGUGCAGAUCGACAACCACCGAAGUUUCCCGGCCUUCAAACCCGAGGGAACGAUCGUGAUGUUCAGGAACGAAGAUCGAGCCGGAGUUGUGUUGCAGGUUCUACAAGAGCUUGAGGCGGCGGAGGUAAACGUCGGCAGGCUUAACGUUGGCCGCCAAGAGGGCGAGUUGGCCUUGACCAUCAUGGGUAUUGAUGGCGAGAUCACUCCUGACGUGAUGUCCAAGCUUGGCGCACUUUCGGCUGUCCGGGAGGUGUCGGUUGCCAACCUCUCCGCGUAGUCGGCAUGUUCGCAGGACUCGGAGCAGACGUCGUUUAGGUGGCUAAAAGGCUAUUUUGUUGUGUCGAUAGGUUCUGCGGAACACUUGUUGCUGGUACAUAGGGAAGAAGUUUGGAGCGAGUGGUUAGUAGUGAAAAGAGUAAACAUUGCAUGUUGUGGUUGUCCAACUCGUGGCGUGGGCAGCGCAUCGCGCAAGCGCUUCUGGAAGAUGUCAAGAGUGAGUAUUGAUGGAGGCUAGCCUUGUUGCCGCAAGUUCAGGGAGAUUAUUCCCGUUUUUUUUAGGGGAACUCCACAUUGCCCCCCCUGUUUGAUUCGAGUCUUGUUGGUUUCAAGGCACGAAGAGGGCUUCUUGGGGAGCGGGAACCCCGGCUGGCGGCGAGUCGAUCCAUAGAAGUUCCAAAAGUUGGAACUUUUGGUUGGUCCCUUACCAUUGCUUCCACCAAAAACCAGACAUAUCACCGCG